AUGACAGUAGUGGAGGGCAUACUGGAGCCAGAGUUUGAUUUGGAUUUCCCAGUGAAGAAUCAAACCGUCGUGAAGGGACGAGAUGCCAAGUUCACCUGUGUCGUCAACCAACUAGGGGGAUUUCGGGUGGCAUGGAUCCGAUCGGACAACAAGGCAAUUCAGGCGAUUCACAAUCACGUGAUCACGCACAAUUCCCGGAUCUCGGUGUCGCACGAAGGAAGCAAAGUAUGGCAUCUCCACAUCCACGACGUCCAGGAAAUAGACCGAGGUCCCUACAUGUGCCAGAUCAAUACCGACCCCAUGAAGAGCAUGGUGGGAUAUUUGAACGUACACAUCCCGCCGGACAUCCUUUCAUCUGGGAGUUCCGGUGACGUCACCGCAGUGGAGGGAUCAGACGUACAUUUAAAGUGUAAGGCCAGAGGCUAUCCCCACCCCGUUGUCAGGUGGAGGAGAGAGGAUGAACGCCCCCUCCUCGUCAGGGAUCGCUUCGGGGGCAGAACGAAGGAGUACGAGGGAGAUGUGCUGCAACUGCACAAGGUGAGUCGAGGGGAUAUGGGAGCUUAUCUCUGCAUAGCAAGCAAUGGGGUCCUUCCAACUAUUUCCAAGAGAGUCAUGCUUCACAUCCACUUUCCACCAGUGAUGGAAGUGCCGAAUCAGCUGGUGGGAGCUCCAUUGGGAUCAACAGUUUCCCUGGAAUGCAUCGUACUCGCUUCCCCUCGUGCCCUCCAUUACUGGACACGGGACCAAGGGGGAACACAGCCCGUUGACACUCGACAUGCCUUGGCUCUCACUGCCAUUGCUUUGCUUUCCAUCUAUCCUCUGACGCUGGAUCCGUUCUUCUCCGGCACGGCAUAA